AUGGAGUGGGGGUCUGGGAAUGUCCCACAGCUGAGUAAUGAGAUGCAGCUGAUCAUCAUGAACAAAGUGAAGCGAGGAGAACUGUCCAUCGACGACGCUCUGAACCAGGCCAGACAAGACCGCGAGCUGUUGCGCAAACAGAAGAGCACGGACCAGGUGCAGGAACCAGAUCAGUCGCUCUACAACUUCAGCGUUCACAAACACGGACGCUACCGAUGGCAGAAACGUGUUAUUCAGUUUGACUUCAACUCUAAAUUGCUGUGCAGCAUUGAAAAAGGCAUCGUCAAACGACAGCUGUCCUUCUCCAUCGUGAAGAGCUGUGAUGAUGGCGCUGGCUCUAGGUUUUCCAUCUCCUUCAAAGAACACCACGACUACGAGCUCGAGGCCACGUCUGUGGAGGACAAACACAAGAUGAUGGAGUUGGUGAAUAAAAUAAUCUAUGACAACAUCUACUCGGCUCAUGAAGAGGGCAGUGUAGAGACAGCUCAGCCGUCCACACCGCCCCCCAGUGUCCGUGAGGGAGUACUGCUGCUGCACAGAGGUGGACUGGCCUCCUUCAGAUGGGUCAGGUACCAGGUGCAGCUGCUGCCCGGUCAGCUGGUCAUGGUUCCUCUCAAACGCAGAUCCACAGCGGAGGGAGAGAUGUCGCCGACUGUGGCCACAGUCAUCCACCUGUCGGACGGGAACACCACAGUGCAAAAGACACACAGCCCAGAGACGUUCAGCCUGACCACAAACAAGAAUGAAUACCAUUUCAGAAUCCCACCUCCAGAGGCAGAAAACCUGUCCAUUUCUGUGAAAAGUGAACGAGACGAGUGGAUCCAGGCCAUCGACAAACUGUGCAAAGACUGGAAAAGAAAAUCCCACAAAGAUCACACUGGUGGACACAAAACUGGACUACCAAACCAAAGCAUAGCAGAGGAGGAAGACGAUAAUGACCUAGACCAGGAAACGGCCAGCAAAAAGCUUAAUAAUGACGCAAUGUUGCCACCUACUCCCUCCCCUCCACCCUCUCCUCAGUCUCCUCCUCCUGCCUUCGUUCCCCCACCUCCUCUGCCCAAGAUCCCCCCUCCCCCCCCUCUUUUGCCCAUUAAAGCAAGAACACUGACCAGGCAGAAUCUGACCAGGCCUUUCCACUGGGACAUCAUUGGUCCUGACAAGAUCUCCAAGUCUUUCUGGGGCCAAAUUGGAAAUAAAACGAUUGAAAUUGACACGUCACGUUUGUACGAGCAGUUUGCCGUGAAGAAAACAGAAAACACACAUGGGCCCCUGGAGUCCAUUCACACUCAGAACAUCAUGCUGAACCAGAAAGUCGCACAUAACUUCAGUAUUUUUCUGAAAAGUUUCCCUGUGAGUCCUGGAGAGCUGAAGGACAGACUGUUCAUAGUGAAGGAGGUGGAUGGAGGCCUGUCUGACGAGCACAUCACUGCACUGAGAAGGUAUGUGCCGACCAUCGACGAUGUGGAAAUGUACAAAUCUCACAAGGGGCCAGUGUCGGAGCUGCAUGUGGUGGACCAGUACAUGAUGGAGAUGUGCAACAUUCCAUACCUGAGCGUUCAGCUGGACCUGCUGCUGACUCUGAGAGAACUGCCUGUGUCCAUGAAAGACCUACAGCCGCUGAUAAACCAGAAGAUCCGUAUGUGCCAGCAGCUCUACGACUCACGCUUAUUUGUGUCUGUGCUUGCGUUCCUCCUGGCCAUCGGGAAUUACCUGAACGAGAACGCAGGCAAAGAGAAGGCCAAAGGGAUCCGCCUCUCCUCCUUAACUAAAACGGUGGAUCUCCGAGGUAAAGACAGAGACUUCACUCUGCUCCAUGCGCUGGUGGAACAGAUCCUGGCACUGCAGCCGUCUCUGGUCUUCUUCACAGACGAGCUGGCAGAGUUUGAGACUGAUCCUGGAGCUUCCAUCAAAGGUCUGACUGCAGAAGUAGAUGUUCUGAAGAACGAACUGCAGAAAGUUGUGCAGUAUCGAAAAGCAUCGAAGAAGAGGAAACUGGGAGACGCCUAUCCCAACUUUUUAAAAGACUUGAAGUUUGUGAUUGAGAAGUACCAGUCCGACCUCUCUCUUUUGACCAAGGCAUGUGAGGAAAUGAAGAAACUCUACUCUGUCAUUCUGGUGAAAUUCGGAGAGCCGGCGGACUUGGACUCUCAAGAGCUUUUUGGGGUGAUCUGCCAGUUUAUCCACGACUUCAAGAGGGCACACGCAGAGACGGUAUGA